GUUGCGGGCAGAGCUGGAGGAGAUGACCAAGGCCCGGAAGGGUGCCGAGGAGAAGGCCGCGCGGCUGGAGGAGGGGCACAAGGAGUGCGAUCAGCUGAUCCUGCAGACCGACACACUUGCCCUCCGCCUCUUUCCGGACUCGCAGAGGUAUGCCGUCAAGAAGGUCGACGCGCAGCGCAAGGACAAAGGCCAAGCGGAUCUUACCGUGCCAUGGACGCCCAAGGACCAUCUGGUCGCGCUUAACGCGCGGGUGUCCCAUAUGCGCUGCAUAGACCGCAAUCUUUCGGACAUCCCUGAUGUAGCUACCCAGCUAUACAGGACUUUAUGGCCUGGCGAGGAGGUGCCGGACACCUUCUCCCUCAUCAACGACCGUCCGAAAGGUGCCGGCGGGAGGAUCCGCGAGUGGCGUCUGCCGUGA